AUGAUUGACACGUUUGACAGACCAGCAGAUGCCAAUGCAGAAGGCACCUAUGCUCGAAGCGGAACAUAUGCAGGAAAGAGGAUUCCCAAGGCUGGAUACAUUGCAGAAGCAAGAGUUGGAAGAGCUCGUGCUGAAGCCAGUAUAUUUGAGGCUGAAGCCAAAGGCCCAAACGCCUCAGCUGGUGCAGAAGCCAGUGUGGUUGGAGUCCGAGCAAUGGCUCGGGCUGAACUUGCCAGUGUAUCAGCUAAAGCCGGUCCAGUUAGUGGAAAAUUGGGACUCGGAUUUGACACGGAUCCAUCUAUUGGUCUGGAUGGGUUGGAAGCCAAAAUACUGGGAAUUGGAAUCUCAAUUGGUCCAAAAACCAAUGAAGAAUAUUAUAUUUCUACUGAACAGCAGCAGAAAGGAAAACCGAAUGUGAAAGCUACAUCAGGUCAUGCUGAUAUAGUCGAUACCACAAACAUAAUUGACACGCAUGACAGACCGGGAAGUGCCUAUACAGAAGGCAAGUUUGCUCGAGCUGAAAAAUAUGUGGAAGGUCAUGAAGACGAAGCAGGAAAGACAAUUCCCAAAACUGGAGUCUAUGCAGAAGCAGGAGUUGGAAGAGCUCGUGCUGAAUACAGUAUAUUUGAGGCUGAAGCCAAAGGUCCAAAUGCCUCAGCUGGUGCAGAAGCCAGUACAGUGGGAGUCGGAGCAAUGGCUCGAGCUGAAAUCGCCAGUGCAUCAGCUAAAGCCGGUCCAGUUAGUCUGAAAUUGGGACUUGGAUUUGACACAGGUGCAUCUGCUGGUCUGGGUGGGGUAGAAGCCAAAGUCUUGGGAACCGGAUUCUCAAUUGGUAAAAAAAACAGUGUAUCUGUUCUAGGCAAUGAAGCGUCAUGUUCAGACAUGUGA